AUGUCCAGUUUAAGGCCAUUAAGUAUCGCUAUUGAUGAUAUCAGUGAGCAGAGACGACAUGCACUCACGUCUCCUAUUGCAGCUAUUGUUGAUCUGCCACUUUCUUCUCCUACACAUGAGAACGAGAAUGACGAGAAGAAUGAUGUAGCGUCCGCCUUAAAGCUCAUUCCAUUGUCCAUGAUAGAUUCGGCAAGUGGUGAGCGUCCUCUACCGUCGUUGCAUUCUCCACUGAUGUAUCGUGAUGUUCCAUUUGCUGGAAUGUUUGUGGUGCAUUUGAUUCUCAUGAUGUUAGUUACCAACAGCAUCCGCACAGAUGGCGAGCGACAGGAGCAGGAAAACGAACGGAGGGACAUUGUGGGCGGUCUGCUGGACUUGCACGAUGAUUCCAACUUGAAGGAGAAAGAUGCAGACGUCGGUGUGGCACUACGAUCUCUAUGUGUUGUCAACGUAUUGUUUGCACUGGGCUGGAUGCUGUUAUUUAUUUUCUACUCCAAGUUACGCUUCGUACAGGGCUCGUGCAUCUUUUCCAUGGUGGGACUCUCGGUGCUGGCAUUUAUGCUAUUCUUAUUGAAUUCCAGUGACGGUUGGUUCUGGGGAUUUAUAUGCGCUGGUGUCAUGGUGCUGGAUUUGGUGUGGUAUGUACGGUCCAACCACGGCUUGGACUUUGUGGCGGUGUUUUUUGAGCUGGUCGUGGAUUUCCUCGUGACGCAUCCAGCGCUUGGAUAUGCCACAUGUACUACGCUAAUAGCUUAUACUAUUUGGGCGAGUUGGAUUUGCACGACAAUUGGCUAUGUUGGCCGCGAUAUGUCACCUUGGAGCUUUCGCAUAAUGUAUUUGGUUUUUCAUUUUUACUGGAUGUCGAAUGUGUUCAAGAAUCUUAUCACAAUUGUGGUCUCGGGAACGACUUUGAUUUGGUACUACCGCGAUGAAUCAACCGCGAUGUCGCCUGAUAUUCGCGAGAACAUCACAGAUUACGACUCUCCUAGCGACAGCAUAACUGGUCAAGCACAGCAAGAUGAGACUGUAGACUAUCUCGACCGGAAGGUGGUACUGCACUACGCACGCUGCGCAGUAUCGAGCUCGUUUGGGUCGAUUUGUAUCGGCUCGCUACUGUGUCCACUGGCACACCUUAUCUGGAAUGCGUUGCGCUGGGCUCGACGAAACGAGUCGGUGCUGCCACGGCGAUUCACCUCGCUGCGCUCGGAGCGAGUGGAGCACUUUAUUUGCACGUAUCACAAAUACUCUUUCGUGCACAUUGCGGGCUAUAACAAGCCGUAUUACGUGGCAGCGCAUGAUGCAUGGAAGUUGAUCGAGCACCACGGCUUGGAGGCAAUUGUGGAUGAAGACUUGACCAGCCGUAUCCUGCUACUAGGUGGUAAUGGCUGGGCUGGCGUGAUGAGCGCGCUGACUGCGUCAGCACUGGCCGGUGGAUCGUCUCACGCGACUUUCUUCAUACUAGCAUCAUUUACUCUAUGCUAUACGACCAUCUCCCUGGCCACUCAAGUGACCGCAGCUGUUAUCAAGACGCUAUUUGUGUGCUUUGCAGAAAACCCAGGACGACUCAGUCAGCUACAUCCCCUCAUUUACCACCGCUUCGUGAGACUAGCCGAGCUCAAGAGCUUUCGUGAUGAAAAGACACCAGCCAGCACCCACGCAUAG